UCACUCAGUCAGUCCCAUGACUGCUGAAAGUCUUCACUAAGAAAGACAUCACAUCCCAGACAGAGCACACCAUGGGCGUCCAGGGAUUGACCAGCUUUAUGGAGGAGAAUGGAAACAUUUUAAAAGAUGUUCACCUCAGAAACAGCAAGUUGAUCAUAGAUGGUAGUAAUCUGUUCAACUUGCUUUAUUUUAACUCACGUUUGGAUCAGAGUCAUGGAGGGGAUUAUGAUGCUUUUGAGGACCAGGUCUGCAAGUUCUUUAAGGCUCUGAGAGACUGCGACAUUGACCCCUUUGUGAUUGUAGAUGGGGGCUCCGACUACACCGACAAAAAGUUUGAAACUCUCAAAAAACGAGCUCUAUCAAGGAUCAACACUGCCAACAACUUGUCCAUGGGGCUUCAGGGGAGCGGUGGUAUAUUACCAAUCCUCAUCAAACAUGUCUUCAAACAGGUCCUCAUCAGCCUGAAGGUACCGUACGCACAGUGCAUUUGUGAGGCAGACCAAGAAAUAGCUUCCCUGGCUCGAAGUUGGAACUGUCCAGUGCUGUCCAAUGACAGUGACUUUUAUAUCUUUGACAUCCAGGCAGGAUUUCUGCCUAUCUCCCAUUUUCACUGGCAGAAAGUGUCUAUGCAACGCGGGAGCUCUAUAAGAUACAUUCCCUGCAAGCAGUACACCACAACAAGCUUCUGCAGACACUUCAACAUCAACAGAAAGGUUCUCCCAGUCUUUGCCUCUGUGGCAGGAAAUGACUACAUCAAGUUGCAUAACAUGGGUGUUUCCCUCAGGUGGGAAGAACACUCGUCAAUGAAAGGAAGGUUUGCCCGCUUCGACGGCUUGCUGAAUUGGCUGACCCACUUCCAUGGGCAGAAGGAGGCCUUGGAAUCUGUGCUCAGGCUCAUCAGUCAUAGUAACAACAGACAGAAAAUGGAUGCUGUCCUCCAGGGCCUCCUGGGCAUAGAAGAGUACCAUCUUCCCCCUAGUUGCCUGGAGCGGUUCUUCAAUGAUGGAGUGGGACCAGGACCCGGUCGUCUCCCAGAGCCUCUGAGGGUCCUUCCAGACUGGACCCUGCUGCCGUUGAUGGAAGGUAGACUUCCCUCCUGCAUGGUAGACGUGCUGCUGCUGGGAAGGAUGAUGCAGGGUGCCCAGGUGGAAGAUCCCCGCUUGCCAUGUGGGAACAACACCUCUCGGUCCAUACGACAGGUACUCUACGGGCUGCUGCUGAGUGGGAGGAGGGCAGACCACAGUAGUCAGAGACCCCCAGUGAAUGACGUGGAGGAGUAUUACAGGGAAGGCGAGAGCCUGACCAGCUGCAUGGUUGAAGCUGUCCUGCCCAGUGCUGCAGAACAGAUGCAGCUAGACACUCUGCAUCAGGCUCCAAGGUCAGUGCAGCUUAAGGUGUUUUUGGAGACACUUGGUGUGUCCCUGUCCACUAUGAGCGGUGUCCCGCCUCAUCUGCGUCUUCCUGUGGCUGUCACCUGCUACUGGCUGAGGCACGCCCAUCCCCCUCCAGAACUCCCUGUCCUGCAGGCCCUGCUACUAGGUUUGGUGUACGGAGAGCUCUGCAGACAGAGGAAGAGCCAAAAAGGGUUUAGGGAGGGACCAGUGUUGGAGAGGCUGAGAGGGCUGAUUCAGAGAGGUAGAAGGAGCCUAGACCUGGGUGUGGCCCACGCCUACAGCCAGUGGCAGUGCUGCCUGAAAGAAAGCCUUCACCUCAACCAACUGCUCUGCUUCCCUCUAGCCGAGCCUCAGUGUGCCUGGCUGUACAAGGGCACUCUGGUGCACCAGCUUGUGACCAAACUGAGAGGGGGGUUAACCCCGGAUUCUCUCCUGAUGGGAGGCCCUUGCUCUGGGCAGCUGUAUAGGGCCAUGCUGGGAGCAAUACUCAACUCCCAGGAUGCUGCUGUCAUCCCCUUGGUGUCUGGGCCGCAGAGGGCCACAUCUCCAUCCUUGACACAGCCAUGGGACGAUCUGACGGCCCAUCUACACAUUCUGGCUCUGGAAUAUGAUGAUGAUGAUGAUGGUGCUGGAGGUGGGAGCAAGGCCAAGCCAGAGGACGAUCUGGGUUGGACUUUGGUCUCAGUGCGGAGCAGGCACAAGAGCAAGGACAGAUUCAACCGAUCUAGGAAUCCAGAAUUCUCCCGGAAGCAGGGGCGGAUCGGCUGGGAAUAGGGAGGGACCAUUAUAUAACUGUUUAUAUAGAGACGUUCUGCUCAACUCUUUCAUGUUUUUAAUGUUCUUAUGUGUACUGUCGUUUCUGAAUCAGAAUUAGUUAGGUAACAUUGAUAAAUAAGUUGUUUUAUUUUUUCUCAUAAUAUGCUUCUCUAGGGAAAAGUCACUUGGGGCCCAGAGAGGGGAGAGGUCAGGCUUGUCUUUUACAUGUCUGGUAAUAGGCAGAAUAUCAGAAAGGGAGAAGUCAGGGUUGAACAUUGUCUUCAUAAUGAAUAUAUCUGUGAAACCAUGUGAAGGGCUCCACUAUGUCUGUACUCCAGUCACUCCCUCCUUUUCCCAUUGGGGGGAGGAGUAUGGCAGUGUCUGGAACCAUUGUAUGUCCCCUCUGAUGUUGAAACUUAUCUUUCAUAGCUCCUCAGGGAGCUUGUCCAGGGGUGGCUUGUAUUUGAGAUGGGAGUAUCUAGAAUUGACAAUUGAUAUAUGCCAUUGGCUGAGGUAAUGUUUUGGUAAUAGGAAGUACCAAGAACGAGAAGUAGAACCUCGUCUUAGAGAGCAAAGUGAACAAUAAUUUAUAGCUAAUGCUAUCUGGCUAUGGGAUACUCCUCUUUCAAGUAAAAGGCCCUUUGUGAAGUUCCUAAGAUCUGUGAUUCGUCAUUGUGACUUGAGAGGGGUGUACCGAUGACUGAGUAAUGUUUGUACCGAUGACUGAGUAAUGUUUGUACCGAUGACUGAGUAAUAUUUGUACCGAUGACUGAGUAAUGUUUGUGCCGAUGACUGAGUAAUGUUUGUACUAAUGACUGAGUAAUAUUUGUAGUGAUGACUGAGUAAUGUUUGUACCGAUGACUGAGUAAUGUUUGUACUGAUGACUGAGUAAUGUUUGUACUGAUGACUGAGUAAUGUUUGUACCGAUGACUGAGUAAUGUUUGUACUGAUGACUGAGUCAUGUUUGUACUGAUGACUGAGUAAUGUUUGUACUGAUGACUGAGUCAUGUUUGUACCGAUGACUGAGUAAUGUUUGUACCGAUGACUGAGUAAUGUUUGUACUGAUGACUGAGUAAUGUUUGUACUGAUGACUGAGUAAUGUUUGUACUGAUGACUGAGUAAUGUUUGUACUGAUGACUGAGUAAUGUUUGUACUGAUGACUGAGUAAUGUUUGUACUGAUGACUGAGUAAUGUUUGUACUGAUGACUGAGUAAUGUUUGUACUGAUGACUGAGUAAUGUUUGUACUGAUGACUGAGUAAUGUUUGUACUGAUGACUGAGUCAUGUUUGUACUGAUGACUGAGUCAUGUUUGUACUGAUGACUGAGUAAUGUUUGUACUGAUGACUGAGUCAUGUUUGUACUGAUGACUGAGUAAUGUUUGUACUGAUGACUGAGUAAUGUUUGUACUGAUGACUGAGUAAUGUUUGUACCGAUGACUGAGUAAUGUUUGAAUGGUUUUAGACUAAUCGUUUUGGUUUGACUGCUUUACCAAUGAAAAUGGUUGGCUACUGGCAGCUCAAUGCAGUAUGAACAAAACAAGCUGAACCACAGUUUAAUUGUUUUAUAGGCCGAUAUUAUUGUCACAUGUUUUUUGUUUAGUUUAUCAGAUUAUUUAUUUUGGGGAUGUUAUAAUCAAGGAUACUCAUUUGUUAUUAUUUAGUUUUUGUCACUGAAAACAUCACUGAUGUGUCCCGAGAAAUGUGUAAUAAAUGUAUCAUCAGUCA